UGAUUCUCACCAAUAUUUUAUAUGUUCUUUUUGAGAUAUCAUUUAAGUACCAGAGACACUUCCUUCAAUUACCUUAUCUUCCCAAGUUAGGCAACCAUCAAUCAAGAUUUUUUCUUGAAUACCAAAGAUGAAGUUACUAGGCUGGAUGCACAGGAAAUUUCGCCAGAAUAGCAGUGAACCAUUCAAGGACUUGGUCAUUGGGAAUUCUUGCAAUUGUCUUUCAGGGCAACCACCAUUUGAUGAUGAACAAGCCUAUCAGAAACCAAACCUCGGAAUCAGACUUGCCAAACAUGCUCAAAAAGGUCACAAUCUUAGAAACUCUUUUGCUGGUCUAGAAGCUGCAAGAGUGGAUGAAGAGUAUGAGGGGGAAUUCUUCCCUGGUUUCCUGGCAAUUGGAACACUUGGUUCAGAACAAGUGUCUGACCCAUCCACACCAUCAUUUCCCGUUUCUGUUGAGAGCAUCACUGAAAAAGAAGAUGAAGUGACUGAGAAUGAUCUUAAGCUUAUCAAUGAUGAGCUAGAGAAAGUGCUGGGGGCUGAAACCAAGGAUGAUGUCAGCCUUGAUUCUUCAAGAAGGACCAGCCAUGUUAGCACUGGGAGAAGUAGCCAUGUCAGCACUGGGAGAAGCAGCCAUGUCAGCAUAAUAACACUCAGUGGAAAGCCAAUAGAAGGCACAGAACCAAAUGGAAAUGGAGCUGCAAUUUGUCCACUCCAGGGAUAUCUCUUUGGAACAGCCAUUGAACUAUCUGAAACAACUGCUGCAGCAAAGAAAGAACACAGGACUUCACUUGGGGAGCUGUUUCAGAGAAGCAAAUCAGCUGAGGAGAAUUUCAGUGCAAAAUGUGAAAAGGAGGAAAAAAGAACUGAGAAGGAACUGGACAAAUCUGCCAUGAACCUGAUGAAAGAAAAGCUGAAAAAAAGAAUGCUCCAUGCUUAUUCUAAAAAUUCUACUUCAAUAAAUGGAGGGCCUAUCGAUUCUGCUUCUGCAGAAACAAAGCUGAAUAAGAUUCUCCAUAUGUUCCGAAAGAAAGUUCACCCCGAAAGUUCAACAGCUGCACAAAAAUCUGCCAAACACCACAAGAACAUGAAGAAGAAGAAAAUACUCAAUGAUGGAGGCUACAACAAAAAUGAUCUGGUGCAUCCAGAGGAUGAAGAUUCAUCUGCCAACAGGGAAUACUGGAUCAAAACUGAUGCAGAUUACUUAGUUCUAGAGCUGUGAGGAACCAAGAAGAAAAUAUUGUGUGUUCAUAAGAUAUAUUUUUCUAUUAGUGAUAACUAAUGUUGUGUUUUUGUACUGUGAAAACUUAUAUGUAAGAAACGAAUAAUUGAGGUUGUUUCAGUGUCUACCUCACAGUGGUCAGUGUGAAAUGUAAGAUUUGUCCAGUAAUAAUCAUGAAAGAUGAAAAAAAAAUAUAGCUAUUGAUUGAGUUGACACAUAAAUUAUGAAUAAAUCAUGAUGGCAGAAUCCACCGUCAAAUCAUGAGGGUAUGCAA